AUGACAAUUUUGCAAUUAAAAAAUGACAAGGACAUUAUUCAGGUGAUAAAUGACAUCAUAUGUUUUGCUCACAGUGUACACUUGAGAGAAUAUCAGCAGCUCCAGGCUUUUAUAUUGGCCAUUGAUGAUAUUAACAGGAACCCGGAGAUUCUGCCCAAUGUCACUCUGGGAUAUCACGUGUACGAUUCCUGUGGAAAUAUCAUGAGAGUUCUAAAAGAUGUUCUGCAGAUUCUGUCUGGGCACCAUGUGGAAGUUCCUAAUUAUUCAUGUAUGGAAAGUGGUAAAUUGGCCGGAUAUAUUGGAGAUCUUCAAUCUGAAACUACCAAUCCAAUGGCUCAAUUAUUGAACCUUUUUGGCUAUACACAGAUCAGCUAUGGAGCGAGGGACCCGCUGCUGAGUGACCGGAUUCUGUAUCCAAACUUUUUUCGCACAGUUCAAAACUACCAGGUGCAACAUGUGGCCAUUGCAAAGUUACUAAGAAGCUUUGGGUGGAACUGGGUCGGAAUCAUCACAUCAGAUGAUGAGAACGGAGAACGGGAGCUAGAACAUCUGAGCCAGCAAUUGAAUAAGUAUGGAAUUUGUAUCGAUUUCAAACUUAAAGUUAGAUUAGACUUUAUACACAACAUUGUUCUUCCUGUGUCCUCUAAUUCUGCUGAGGUUGUUGUUAUUUGUGGAACAGUCCAUUAUUCCUUCAUCAACGUUUUGGCUAAAUCUCUACAUUAUUUCUAUAACAAGACACUUAUCCUCACAGCAUCAUGGUCUAUAUCAAAAGAGCUUCUGUUACCCUCUAUGGGUAAGCUGGUGGAUCGCAGUUUGGUAUUUACAACUCCGAUGCAUUAUGUCCCUGCAUUACAGGAACGCUUAUACAGCUUUCAUCCAUCCAGCCAUCCCACUGACAAGUUACUGGAAGAUAUCUGGAUUUUCCAUUAUUCUUGCUUCUCCGGUAAUCCUGUGAAGGACUUUGUUUUUUCAAUUUUUUUACAAAGAAAUCUCAAUAACUGCACUGGGAAUGAGAAGUUUGAAUAUCUUUUAAAUUAUUCUGGAGACCCGGCCACCUACCAAGUGUAUAUAGCCGUCCUCACCAUGGCACACGCUUUACAUGACAUGUACAUGGCUUUCAAUGUAAAUGUUGCAAAAUAUGGUUUAUCUAUGUUGGAAUUUAAAUACAAGGUGAGUGAAAAUUUUAAAAACAUAACGCUAUCCUCAGGUCUUCCCAGGCAGCUUCUUCUGACUCCAAACAGGCUCCAGGGUCCAGGGUGUUCUGUUGAUCGGAGCUCAAAGCAGCUAAGAAAGUAUGUAACUAAAAUUAAACACAUCAAUCCACAUCCUAUAACAAUAUUUUUUAAUGAAUAUGGAGAAAUUCUUGAAACACUAUAUAUUGUUAAUUGGGCAUUGGUAAUGGAUGGCAACAAAAUACGUCCUGCACAGUUUUAUGUUGGUGAAUUUAAUCCAUCACAUCCAGAAGAUCAGCAGCUGCAUAUUUUACCACGGAAUAUAAAAUGGAAAAAUGGAAAGGUUCCCCAAGGUCUGUGCACUGCAGUCUGUCUUCCAGGAACCAGACGGGCCCUGAGGAAAGGCUCCCACACCUGCUGCUAUGACUGCAUCCCAUGCUCAGAGGGCGAGAUAUCCAAUGUGUCUGACAGUGAAAACUGCCAGAAAUGUCCAGAUGAUGAAUGGCCUAAUGAAGAAAAAGAUAUUUGUGUUCCAAGGAUAUUAGAAUUUUUAUCAUACAAUAAUGACACAGUAGCUACAGUUUUUUCUGCAAUUUCUGGUGUAUUUUUUAGUUUAACUAUAUUUAUAUUUGGAAUAUUUGUUUCAUUCCGGGACACUCCCAUAGUAAAAGCCAAUAAUAGAAACCUUAGCUUCAUCCUUCUCAUCUCCCUCAAGCUGAGCCUACUCUGUGUGCAUCUGUUCAUCGGUCGUCCAGUGGACAUCACCUGCAUGCUACGCCAAAUAUCCUUUGGAAUAUUUUUUGCUAUUGCCAUGUCUUCUAUCCUGGCAAAGACUAUAAUGGUUUGCAUUGCUUUCAAAGCUGCCAGACCUGGGAGUUCCUGGAGAAAAUGGCUGGGUGUUAAAUUGCCAAAUUCUGUAGUAUUCAUCUGCUCAUCUGUUCAAGUUCUCACCAGUGCUAUUUGGUUGUCAGUUUCUCCACCUUUUCAAGAGCAUGAUAUGAAUACAUAUCCUGGUAUAAUAAUAAUUCAAUGUAAUGAGGGUUCUGAUCUUGCCUUUUAUUUCAUGUUGGGUUACAUGGGUUUUCUGGCAGCUCUGAGCUUUGGUCUGGCUUUCAUGGUGAGGACAUUACCUGACAACUUCAAUGAAGCCAAAUACAUCACCUUCAGCAUGUUGGUAUUCUGCAGUGUAUGGAUCUGUGCCAUCCCAGCCUAUCUGAGCAGUAAGGGGAAAAACAUGGUCACUGUGGAGAUUUUUGCCUUAUUGGCAUCAGGUAUUGGAGUACUGAGCUGUAUAUUUUUUCCUAAAUGCUACAAUAUUCUACUGAGACCUGAAAUGAACAGUAAGAGACACUUGUUAGAGAAAAGUUAUUUAUAA